GCAACAUCAUCUACCAGACUACCACGCCUCCCGCCGCCAUUGCCGGCGGCGAGGACAACACCCCUCCCCCCCUCUCCCUCCAUGGCUGCUCCGCCCUACGGCGGGAGCACAGACGACUCGCCCGAGGACUACUCCGCCGCGGCCACCGUCGUCCGCUUCGACCCGCCGCUCCCACUCCUCCGCGCUCCCGUCCCCUCCGCCGCCCCCGGCGAGCCCCACGUCCUCGCCUUCCGCGACGCCGCCAGCUGGAGAGCCGCCUGGGACGCCGCCGAAGCCAGCCUCGUCUCGCAGUGCGAGGCUGGUGCACGGUCAGGGUGCUCAAUCACUGCAUCACGCAAAUGCAAACCCCCCUGGUGGAAAGGCUUAUUGGGAGCUGCCCCGACUGAUUAUGAAGAAAGAGAGAGAUGUGAAGAGCGAGAGAUGGCCGCUUGUCUCGAGGCAGCCAAGGAGGCUUGCAUUAAGUUUGCAAAGGGAAAAUGCAUUGGACCAUUCCGAGAUGCAAGGAUCGCCUCUGGGGGUCUCCUGGAAAAUACAGAUUUUGAUGUCUGGGGUGCUGGAGGUGACAAAACAGCAUCAGCAUCAUCAUGUGCUCUGAACAAUCAGCAGUUGUUCAACCCUGAUCACAGUGUGACAAACUACAGAGGAAGUGACUUGCUAGACAGAUUGUCAGCUAAAGACAAUGAUAACGCUUGAUGGCUUCCCAACAAAAGUGUAAAACUGGUGAAGACAUCAUGAUGGGAUCCAGAAUUGAAGCAAUAAUCAAAUAACGGCGUACAGAAGUCUGAGGCUGGUGGUUUCAUGCCAUAUUGAAGUUGGUUCAGUGGCUAGAGAUGGUGAAAAACUAACUUCUGGGAAUGGGUGCAGAAGAUAAGAGAAGAUUCCAGUUAUGAGGGCCCAGAGGAAGUGCAGUAACCGCGGAGUGGAUAUCAAAAGACUACUGUUUAUUGUGCGUGUUGACCUAUUAUUCGAGUUGGUGCUCGGGGCAACACAUCAGGCAUACCGUUUCUCAGUACGUCAAUUGCAGGAAAACACAAUUAACUUUUCUAGAAGCAACUGCAAUAAUGCGAAUAGUUUUCUGAGUUGUGGAGCCAUGGAGGAGACGGCAAUCUUUAUGCAGAUUCUCGCAGCUUGAAGAUCAAUCUCUUCUUUUGUGGUAUUAGCCAAGUGUACUUGAAGAUCUGUGAAGCAAUCUGUUCUUUUGGGAUAUUAGCCAAGUUUACUUGAAGAUCUGUGAAGCAAUUUAUCCUUUUGGGGCAGUAGCCAAGUAUUCUUGAAGAUCUGUGAAACUUUUUAUCCUCGCCUCUUUUGGCGUAUACACUGGAAGUGAAUCGAUUGCUUCCAUAUUCGAUUUGUAGCAGCACCCACCUGUGUAAUAACUGACGAUGUGGAAGAGUAGCUCGCUGCCUAGUACUGGCAGUUGUACAUCAUCUCUAUGCCAACAUGCGUUGUGCUUGUAUGGUUUCACGCGCUGCAGAGUCUGUAAGCAAUAAAAGUAGGAUCAGAAAUGCACGGGCGAUUUCAGCCUCA